GCAGUAUCCUCAUUUCUCUUCCACUAUUACUUGGAAAACUUUUCACUCCACUUGGCUCCCUUUCAAUCCUACACCAUGGCCACGCGCCACCUUCUUAACUUCACGCGCCGCUCGCGAAUCACUCGUUUUUCCCUUCCACCACCAUGUCUAACACUCUCUUCCCGAUCCACCACCUCCGUAACCACCUCCCCACCCUCCUCCCCACCCUCCCCACCUCCCCCAGACUUCAUGAUCUACGAUCGCUUAGCUGAACAAGUCAAAUCAAAGAUCAAGCGCCUCGAAGACCCUAACCCUAAGUUCCUCCAGUACAAUUCCCCGCACCCUACCGUAGCGGAUCACACCUCAAUUCUCUCAUCACCGGAGACUAAAAUCACCACUCUCCCUAACGGCCUACGUGUCGCUACUGAAUCGAACCUGUCAUCCUCAACGGCUACUGUCGGAGUUUGGAUCGACGCCGGAUCUCGAUUUGAGACGGAGGAGAAUAACGGCGUCGCGCAUUUCCUUGAGCAUAUGAUUUUUAAGGGAACGGGGAAACGGCCUAUUAGGGCAUUGGAAGAGGAAAUUGAGAAUAUGGGAGGGCAUUUGAAUGCGUAUACUUCUAGGGAACAGACUACGUAUUUCGCUAAGGUUUUGGGAUCUGAUGUGCCAAAGGCGAUUGAUAUACUUGGGGAUAUUUUGCAGAAUUCGCUUUUGGAGGAAGAUAAGAUUGUUCGGGAGCGUAGUGUGAUUCUUCGGGAAAUGGAAGAGGUGGAAAAACAACCGGAGGAAGUCAUCUUUGACCAGUUACAUACUACUGCAUUCCAGUACACUCCAUUGGGUAGAACUAUUCUUGGACCUGCCCAGAACAUUGAGAAAAUGACAAGAGCUCAUAUUCAAGAUUACAUUUCAACCCACUAUGGUGCUCAUAGAAUGGUAAUUUCUGCUGCUGGAGCUGUGAAGCAUGAAGAUGUCGUUGAGCUAGUGAAGAAACAUUUUACAAAGCUAUCAUCUAAUCCUAUUACCACUUCCCAAUUGGUAGCAGAUGAGCCAGCAAUAUUUACAGGUUCAGAGAUACGUAUCAUUGACGAUGAUCUGCCUCUUGCUCAAUUCGCUGUUGCAUUUAGUGGAGCAUCAUGGACAGACCCUGAUUCCAUAGCUUUGAUGGUCAUGCAACAAAUGCUGGGAUCAUGGAACAAAACUUCAGGAGGCGGGAAGCACAUGGGUUCAGAGCUUGUCCAAAGGGUGGCCAUUAAUGAAAUAGCUGAGAGUGUGAUGGCAUUUAACACCAACUAUAAAGACACAGGGCUGUUUGGUGUCUAUGCUGAAGCCAAGCCUGAUUGCUUGAGUGACUUAGCUUAUGUCAUCAUGCAAGGGAUAUGCAAGUUAUGUUACAGAGUGUCAGAAGCUGAUGUCAUUCGCGCACGUAAUCAGCUCAAAUCUUCUUUGAUGCUCCACAUUGAUGGAUCGGGCCCUACUGCUGAAGACAUUGGACGGCAGUUAAUCACGUAUGGCCGCAGAAUUCCACAUGCUGAGUUAUUUUCCAGAAUUGACAGGGUCGAUGCUGACACUGUCAAGCGAGUUGCAAAUCGCUUUAUUUUCGACAGGGACAUUGCAAUAUCAGCAAGGGGACCAAUUCAGGAUUUGCCUGAUUAUAACUGGUUCAGACGCAGGACAUACUGGUUGCGCUACUAGAUUGCUUAUUCUUUCCUCAUGGCUUAAAGUCAUUUUGUUUCCAAAUUGGAAGCCUGUCAUUGGGCAUUAUACCACACAUGGUCUACAAAAACACUUAGUUAAUAAAAUAAGUGACAGAUUUUGUUUAUCACAUUCCUUUUUUUGUACAUGGUGUUAAUGACGAGUAGAAAACACUACUUGCGGAAGCCUUUGGCUGUCAGUUCAGUCAGCAUAAAUUGGAUCUUUUUCUUCUGAAAUAUAUUAUGAAAGCAUUGGAUCUCCCUGUAUUAGAAUC